AGCCAAGAAGGGGUGAAAGAGGAGGAAGGAAAUCGGUAGAGAGCGAUCUUGAAGCAGAAAGUGGGGGAGGGAAUGGAGAAGGAUAGCGUGGAAAAGAGCAAGAGGAAAAGAGAGGAAGAGCCGAGGAGAAACUGAUCGAGAGUUAAGCUAUCUGGUAAAACAAACGGACGAGGCUGGACAGUGGGUUUUCUACUAAAAGACGGGAUGAAGUGGCAAACGGUUUGCGUUGUUCAUACAACUAGUGACGCGCGCACGGGCUAUUCACGUAUCUCUGAUCGGCCGAGGACUUAAUACAAUUGUCGACUUUCGGUUGUAUGUUCGCGUCGCGUCCGUUUUUCGUUGCCCCGGGUCGGCUCACCUGGCCUCGCUACGCCACGAGUCGCAUCGCUUCGUAUCGCUCCCAUCGGUUCGGUUUGACCACCGCGCCGCGCCGCGCCGCGUCGCGACGUCGCGUCUUCGUUUUCUCUCCCUUUUGCUUUUCUUUAACAUAUUUUUGAUCGAUCUACCGAACGGUGAAUUGAUUUGGUUAUUCAUUGCACGUCACGAUCAGCGCUGCUGUCUACCGCACGCUCGCACGCACACGCAUACACACACAUACACGCAGUCCUCCGCAGCACGAGGAUCAUGGACGAGGAAAGGAUCAAGCUUUAUCUUCCGCGUGAACGGAAACAAGGAGAGAGGAAAACAUUACGGGCCAGAGGAUCGUAAGAAUAGUUUAGUUUCGAUUAUCUAAUUGGUAAUAGUAGUGUGCAAAUAGUAGUGACGAAAGCAGAUGGACGAUAACGGUAUAGAAUAUCAUGAAAACGAAGAGAAACCAGAAUGUAUUACGAGUCCCGCGUUCCAUAACUUGACAGAAACCAUUUCCACGGAAUUGAUCGCAUUCGAAGACAAGGCUGUAUACGGAUAUGGGACGAGCAUUCCACCGAAUAACAACGAGAUGGAUGAGAACGAGGAGACCUCGUCGAGGAAGGUGAUCUUUUGCGUGCACGGCAAGCUUUCUGGUUGUUGUACGGUUGUGAAGGGCGGUGCUACAUCGGUCGAUGAAAUUAGCGAAACAGCGGCGACUGCAGUUAAUGUCACCGCUACCGGCAUCAACGGAUCCGAUUUCCAACAAACUCCUUCCGCUGUACCAGAAGACCAUUGUCACAGAGAAAGGGACGAAGAGAUCGAUAAAAAGGCGAGAAAGAAAUUACUGCUUGCUAGUACGCUGUGCGUAAUUUUUAUGAUAGCAGAAAUCGUAGGUGGAGUAUUAUCGAACAGUUUGGCGAUCGCAACAGAUGCUGCGCACCUGUUAACCGAUUUUGCAUCGUUUAUGAUCUCCUUAUUCUCGAUAUGGGUAGCUAGUAGACCAGCCACGAAAAAAAUGCCUUUUGGAUGGUAUCGAGCGGAAGUGAUAGGAGCCUUGACGUCGGUUUUACUAAUAUGGGUAGUUACUGGAAUUCUUUUUUAUCUGGCAGUCGAGAGAAUAAUUCACAAAAGUUUCCAACUAGAUACCACCGUCAUGUUGAUUACCUCUGGCGUUGGCGUUGCGGUAAAUCUAGUAAUGGGUUUAUCGCUGCAUGAGCACGGCCAUAGUCAUGGACAUGGUUCAGACAAACCGAAUCGAAAUAUAGACAGCGGGAGACUCGAUGAGGAAAAUCCGUUACACAAGAGGAAAAAUAUCAACGUUCGCGCUGCUUUUAUUCACGUUUUAGGAGACUUCAUACAAAGCAUAGGGGUUUUCGUUGCAGCAUUGGUUAUUUAUUUCAAGCCAAGCUGGAGCAUAGUCGAUCCAAUUUGCACUUUCCUCUUUUCACUGUUGGUGAUAUUAACCACGGUUGCAAUAAUCAAAGACGUGAUGAACGUUUUAAUGGAAGGAAUCCCAAAAGGAUUUGAAUAUUCCCAAGUGGAGAGUACAUUUAUGCAAAUCGAAGGUGUGAUGAAGGUGCAUAAUCUUCGUAUCUGGGCGCUUUCACUGGAUAAAACCGCGUUAUCCGCGCAUCUUGCAAUAAAACCAGGUGCGAGUCCUCACAAUAUACUGCGUACUGCUACUAGAAAUAUUCACGAUAAGUACAAAUUUUUCGAAAUGACGCUUCAAAUAGAGGAAUUCGAUGAACGAAUGGAAAAUUGUAAACAAUGCAAGGCGUUAUCGCAAUAGUUGUAAAUUUUUUGAGUUAUACUUUUGAGCUACCCUUCAGUCUUUAUACACAUGAAGUUGGAUCAUAAGAGAUUCGCACGAUUUGUAAAUAGCUCAAUUUAUGAAAAACGGAAGCAACCUGUUGUUUCAAGUAUACAUCUUACUGCGAUUAAAAAAUCUAUAGGGAAGAUAUUUCAACCUCGCAAAGGAUGUCAAUUACUUAUAAAUAUUGCGAUCGAUACAACGAUUUUUUCACCUAUUA